AUGACGUCAGAGCCUGACUCGUGUUCGGAAGAGGAGCCGGACAGCGAGAUGCUCAGCGACGACCCGAGUUUCCAGGACAGUGAUGACGAGAGACAGAUGCGGGCACAGUCGGACCUACCCCCCGGCCUGCCUCUCCGAGCGCCCCGCAAGUUGUUCUCCAACUGCCGCGAGCGCUGGCGCCAGCAGAACGUGAGUGGAGCCUUCGCCGAGCUCCGGAGACUCGUGCCCACGCACCCGCCCGACAAGAAGCUGUCUAAGAGCGAGAUAUUGAGGGUCGCUAUCAGGUACGAGUACCAUAGAAUAGAAUAUGACUUUAUUGAACACUAGCUGUUCCCGCGAGGG